AUGAGUCGUUCGGGCGAGAGACUUUCGAAACGAUGGAGUACCGUGAACGUUCCUCGGAGGAACUCCAGCAGCUCCGAGGAGUCCUCGUUAGUCGCUGGGAGCGUAGAGGGGCCAGUGUACGCGAAGAACGCUAGCACACCUUUGCGAAACAGGUGGUCGGACUCUGAAGAGAUCAACAGGUCCUCGCAGAAUCAACGGGACGCGAGCGAAGUCUCGGAAGAGGAGUCCGAAGAGGAGGAAUCCGGGAGGUCGAAGGGUCACGACGGAGCUAAUCGGGGGAAGCGUCAAGAUGAUCAAGAAAGAUUCGCCAGUAGGCAGAAGCGAAGACGCAAGUCCCGCGGGAAACAAAGACAGGACCGACGCCACGAGGAGUCUGAUAGCAGAAAGCAAAAGACCUCGAGCUCUUCUAGUAAACGCCACGGCGAAGGAGACGGUGAUCGUUCGAAAAGGAAACACCGUUGUUACACAGGGGACGACGAGUUGCCGAUCACCGAGAUUCUGAAGAGGAGCCAAGAGAACCCGCGCAUGAAAUACGAGCAUCAGCUGCCGCUUCCGGAACUGACCACGGACAAGAUCUACGUUCAGCACAGAGGAGGUUUCAGCGCGAUGAAAAUUAGAUCGAGAAGUUCACAGUUAGGGCAGAAGCUAAAAGCGACGGGAAACGAUGAUGACGCUGAACACCGGGACACCCCGCCCAUAAAGGUUGCCAUUAUGGUCCAACAGCUUUGGAAGAGUUCAGGUCUCGUGUUUCAAGGUCUUUUGGGCGGCAUGGCCCUCAUGCAUUUCAUAAUGUUGCAGGUAUUCUUCGAUGCUUCCGUAGAGUUCGUCGAAGGCCACUCGACGAUUUGCGAGAUUUAUACGAACAUCUUUUCUUUCCUCGUUACUCUGUGCAUCGUCUCUGCUCUCGAUAAGUUCGAUUUAGCUCGCUUCGACUUGGAUCACCUGCGCGAGAUCUAUUUCGACUACAACAGAGCUGUACUCGCUGUUCCAUUGUAUUUGGUGGUCUUCUGUCUCCAUCAAGUUUGCGUCAACACAGACAAUCGGCUGUCUUUGGUACACUAUUACAGAUCGAACUAUAGUUUAUGGGAGAACGCUACGGAUGUUCAAACUUUGUUAACCGAUUUGAACAGCUGGCAAAAGAUAUCCAUAUCCAAAGACGUCCUCGCGGUGCUGGCCUGGUUCUUCAUUUCCCUGGACACCAAGGAUGACGCGUUUCUGAUUCACUUACAGUCCAUGGAGAAAUACGCCAGCAACGAAGAGCCUAAGCAGUGAAUCAUCAUUUAACCCUCUGUAGGCUCGUGUGUCUUUGAAGUCACAUAUCAGUAUAUUGGCGUCUUGCUGAUUUAUUUCAUUUUGCACCGGAAGUGGCGAAUAAAAUUAAGUAAUCAGUUAACUUAAACUUUUGUACGCUCAGGCGUACGUCAUUAUAACUCGAA